CGAGGAGCUAGGCUGAGCGUAUUUCUACUUGUUGUUUUGAAACCGCUAAACACCGACCGGAGGCAUUGAGUAGAAGAUGGCGGAUGUUGAAGGCGAUGAAAUUAAGUCGGCUCUCCCUUCGGCUUCCCGUAAUGGACCCGCUGCAGGUUCGGUAGUCGGUACCGGAGUCCAAAAUGCUACCCAAGUGACGUCAGGUCCACGAAUGGUUAGAAUUGUAAAGUCGGAAUCAGGAUAUGGAUUCAACGUUCGUGGACAAGUUAGCGAAGGAGGACAACUGCGAAGCAUCAAUGGGGAAUUGUAUGCACCUCUUCAGCAUGUCAGUGCUGUUUUGCCUGGAGGGGCAGCGGACCGAGCUGGCAUAUCAAAGGGUGACAGGAUUCUGGAGGUUAAUGGUGUGAGCGUGGAGGGGGCCACCCACAAGCAGGUGGUGGAUCUGAUCCGGGCCGGGGAGAGGGAACUGGUGCUUUCUGUGCUGUCUGUGCCGCCCCAGGAGGCAGACUGUCUUGAGGCCGGGGAUGAGAGCGCCGCCCAGCUCAGCUAUGACUACAGCGACAAGCAGGCCGUGCCCAUCUCCAUCCCCACAUUCAAGCACGUGGAGCAGCACGCCGAGAGGUUUGUGGUGUACAACGUGUACAUGUCGGGCAGGCAGCUGUGCUCCAAGCGCUACCGGGAGUUUGCUAUCCUGAACCAGAACCUGAAGAGGGAGUUUGCCAGUUACACCUUCCCCAAGAUCCCAGGGAAGUGGCCCUUCUCCCUGUCUGAGCAGCAGCUGGACACACGCCGCAGGGGCCUGGAGGAGUACCUGGAGAGAGUUUGUUCAGUACGGGUGAUUGGUGAGAGUGACAUCAUGCAGGAAUUCCUUUCUGAAUCAGAUGAGAAUUACAAUGGCAUUUCAGACGUGGAGCUGCGGAUAGCCCUGCCAGACAAGACCAUCAUCUCUGUCAGGGUGCGCAAGAACAGCACAACUGACCAAGUCUACCAGGCUUUAGUGAUGAAGGUUGGUAUGGACAGCAUCAUGGCCAGCUACUUUGCCCUCUUUGAAGUCAUCAACCACUCCUUUGUGCGAAAACUGGCCCCCAACGAGUUUCCCCACAAGCUGUACGUGCAGAACUACACGUCAGCUGUGCCGGGCACCUGUCUGGCCCUCCGCAAGUGGCUUUUCACUUCUCAGGAGGAGGAACUUCUCAGGGACAACCCGCUGGCUGUCCACUACUGCUUCCACCAGGCAUUGGAUGACGUGAAGAAGGGAUUCAUCAAAACAGAAGACAAUUCUUACCAGCUGACGAAACUGGCAGAGCAGCGCAAGAUGGCCAUGUACCUGAGUCUGCUGCGCUCCUGUGAGGGCUACAACGAGGUCAUGUUCCCCCACUGCGCCUGUGACUCCCGGAGGAAGGGCCACGUCAUCACGGCCAUCAGCAUGCACCACUUCAAACUGCACGCCUGCACAGAGGACGGCACGCUUGAGAACCAGGUGAUAGCGUUUGAGUGGGUGGAGAUGCAGCGCUGGGACACUGACGAGGAGGGCAUGGCGUUCUGCUUUGAGUACGCCAGGGGAGAGAAGAAACCUCGCUGGGUCAAGAUCUUCACACCAUAUUUCAACUACAUGCACGAGUGCUUCGAGAGGGUCUUCUGUGAGCUCAAGUGGAGGAAACGGGUUGAAGAGGAGGCCUCUGACAAAGACAACCAGAACUGCAGUAACAACGAAUAUCUCCCUGCUCUGGAGACACAGAAGGGAUGGCGCCAUCUAGGGGGCGAGAUCGCCACAUCCUAAAUACUCCCAGAACCAGAAUCGGUCCACUCACGCCAUCACAGCCGCAACCGAGGUUGACAUCUGCAAAAGAAACAAAAAAACUAAGAACUUAGGUGAUCCACUCCCCAAAUGACAACUGGAAACUGAUUUUAAAAUCACACAAACCCAGGAAUUCUCAGAUAGACGACGAGCAAUGAAGGAAAAAAAACAUUAAUGUCAUUACUAGAUGUUCAUAGAAUAGCAUAUACUUUUUCCUCCAUGCAUCACCCCUCCGACAUGGGGCGGGACACUAGCUGAGUUCUGCCACCCCACUGGUUGAAGAAACAGAACAGUACAGUUCGAUUGGUCAAGGUUCACACCAGUCUGCGUGCGAUCAACCGAUGAAACGCCAGUGAGGAAGCCAGCCGACGUCUGCGACGUGAUUGUGACGGCCAGCUCUGCCACACGUUUGGUCUGGGCAAAUGCUUUCAAUGUGCCUCUGGUCUACUGAACUACAAGCUGACAUGCUGGGAAACGAAAUGGAGGGUGGGCGGGACACCAUUGUCACUGGCAAUGGUUUUCCCUGAUGCUGGACAUUAUUAGAUGGAUUAGGUUUUCUGGAUAAGGGGGGGUAAGAAACCUUUUGUUUAUCUGUCAAAAGCUGUAGGCUAUAAAAACAAUUGUUGCACAACAUAAGCUUCCAGUAAUUAGUUGUGUGGUUAACCUAACAAAUUACUGUCAGCUUAUCUAUACGUGUGUGCAACUCUAAUUUUAUAGCCUAUAGUUUACUCGCUGUUAGUCAGCACAUCUUCUAACUUUUUGGGCACCAGCUUAUGCUUUUCAAAAGCAUAGGAAACUAAAGUAACUGACUGGAGAUGCAAGGGGUUAUUGUGUUUUGUUCAUUAAAACAAUACAGCUAUGUUUGAGAAAAAUCUGCUAAAGUGAUAUAUUAAUAUAAGAGCUCAACUAAUUCCUUAUUCUAACUGUGUGGAAAGCUUCCUUCUUGGCUUCUCAUUCUUGCUCUAUUUUUCACAUUUUCUAACCUAGCUAACACACUAGUCUAGAAUGAUGUCUGUUGGCAGUUCACCAAAAGACUGAACAUUUUAUCACCUUAAAAUGUUUGUGGUGAUUCAGCAGAAAUUCCAAGUUCUGAGGUAAAAUUGUGUUUUUCAUCAAAGCGGUGUUGCCAUCUAUUGAAGGAAGUCGGGGUUUGACCUUGUGAACUAAACGUUCAGAGAAACUAGAAACCAGCUAAUAUUUCCCCCACUCUGAAUAUUGAUCAACAAACAGACCGGGAUGGAAGUAGUGUGUUGGGUGCAGUGCAUAUUGCCGCCAGCAGAGAGCGGUAGAGUACUACUAAAGUACUAUGUACUACUGAGACAGUAUUGAGCAGACAUGACAGAGAUUGCUCCGCUGGGCUCUGUAAAUCAACCACUAAGUACUGCUCUACAGUUUGACCAUUACCCGUGUGUGUGUGCACCAGUGUACGUGUGUGUCUGCGUAUAAGUGGGACCAUGGCCACAGUUAUGAUGCAUGUUGUCUCUCUGCCCCUCAUUGCACCUUGUCUAUCCAAACGGUCACAGUAUUAAGGGGGUGUGAGCAUGGGGCAUAUUCGUUACGCCAAUUCUGUUGCAAAACCUGUCUUACACGGAAUGAAACUGAGAGGGACCUACGAGAGAGAGAGAGAGAGAGAGAGAGAGAGAGAGAGAGAGAGAGAGAGAGAGAGAGAGAGAGAGAGAGA